AUCACGUUUGUUCUUGGUGUUGGGUUUUCAGCAGCAGGAUGGUGAAUGAGGGUGCUGGCGCCCCACGCAGUCGCAGGGGGUCUCAUAAGGUGGUUCCUUCAUCAGACCAGGAUGGCACAGGAGAGGUGUCCUGCCCCAGUAAUGGAACAGUGGAAGUGGAGCACAUUAUCAGCGCAAAACUACAGCUGAAGAAGAAAGCUGAGCAUUUGAAGGCAGACCUGAUGAGGCAGUUCGACACUCAAGUCAAUGAAUUCAUGGACAGUCUGAUAGAGGAGUCUGCCAGUCUGGGUUCGUCCCAUGUGAGCACAGUCUUUCCUCUCUCAGAUAAGGAGAAAAGCAAACUCAGGCAUACACGACCUUCCCAAAGCCAAAGCAAGCAGUUCGUGAUCCGUCGAUCCCUGUUAGAUGAUCUGUUUGAGGUGAACCACAUUCGCACCAUCUAUCACAUGUUCAUCGCCCUCCUCAUCCUCUUCAUCUUCAGCACGCUUGUCGUGGAUUUCAUCGAUGAGGGCAGACUGGUACUUGAGUUUGAUCUGUUGGUGUACGUGUUUGGCCAGUUCCCCCUAGUGGUUGUCACGUGGAUGUGUAUGUUCCUGUCCACGCUUGUGGUUCCGUAUGUAUUGCUCAGUGUCUGGGCUAGUGUUUACCGCACGUCAAACCAUCGGGCCUUAUGGACAGCGCUGGCCGGUUCUCUCUUGCUGCUGUACCAGGGACUGUGUUUGGGUUUCCUGCCCACAUAUGUGGUGCUGAAGAACGGCCUUCCCCCUGCUUCAUGCUUCAUACUCAUUCUAGAACAGGUGCGCCUGAUAAUGAAGGCUCACUCUUUCAUCAGGGAAAAUGUGCCAAGAGUGCGAUCCUUACAACGAAACAAAGCAAAUUCGUUAGCUGUACCUCAAUUCACCCAGUACAUUUACUUUCUCUUUGCACCCACCCUGAUAUACAGAGACAAUUAUCCACGAAAUCCAUGUAUUCGGUGGGGUUAUGUGGCUACAAAGUUUUCGCAGGUGCUCGGCUGUUUGUUUUAUGCAUAUUACAUAUUUGUGCGGCUGUGUAUCCCUCAGUUCCGCAGUAUCAGUAUGCAGCUCUUUGACCUGAGGGCCAUGGUGUUGUGUGUCUUCAACUCUAUACUGCCAGGAGUGCUGGUGCUUUUCUUGGCAUUUUUUGCCUUUCUGCAUUGCUGGCUUAAUGCAUUUGCUGAAAUGCUACGGUUUGGAGACAGAAUGUUUUAUAAGGACUGGUGGAACUCCACUUCAUUUGCUAACUAUUACCGCACAUGGAAUGUUGUAGUACAUGAUUGGCUUUAUUACUAUGUCUACAGGGACUUCCUGUGGAUGGCACAGAAGCAAUUCCGUGCAGCGGCCAUGUUGGUUGUUUUUACUGUGUCUGCUGUGGUGCAUGAGUACGUUCUGGCCAUCUGCUUUGGCUUCUUCUAUCCCGUCAUGUUCUGCCUCUUCAUGUGCUUUGGAAUGGUGUUUAACUUCGUUCUUAACGACCGGAGAAAAGGGCCGAUCUGGAACGUGAUCAUGUGGACUGCACUGUUUUUGGGUCAGGGUGUUCUCAUCUGCCUGUACUCUCAGGAGUGGUACGCGCAGCGCUUCUGCCCCAUUCAAGAGCCUUCUUUCCUAGACUUGCUGAAGCCUCGAUCCUGGACUUGUACUCCACUUGCACUCUGA